UGGGCGGGUCCUGAAUUUUGUAUCGGCAAAUCAUUACUCCACCUCCGGCUUGGUGCGGCCAAUCAGAUCACGUCGCUAUUGUUCAUCAACUUUUGAGCUCCGCGAACUCUUAUCUGUGGUCACUCCAGACUCUGUACCAAUGUCAACUUGGCCAUAACAUCAGUCCAACCAGGAAUUCACAACAAACAUAUCGCCACGAAUUUGCCCUUUGCCAACCUAUAUCUACAUUCAUUGUUGUGAAAUUGCCCAGCCCCACUGGACUUGACCAUCGCCAGCAAUGUCGUACAACCCUUAUGGAGGUAAACUCAGCCUUGUCCCAUCCUCACCUACCCUCACUUUAGUGCGGCGCCCGUCGAGUUGAAUUUGAAAUAUGCUAAUCACAAAUCGGCAGGUCCAACUUACGGGCCUCCUCCGGGCUUUGGGUCCUUCCCGGGUUCAAGUGGCGCCCCUGGGAUGGCUCCUCCGCCGGGUCUAGGUACGUUUCUCGCCCCCUCUCUAUCUGCUAGAUCACAACUCAUCUCGUUCUCCCUAGGUCCUCCACCAGGCAUGUCCUCUGCCCCAGGAUUGGCACCCCCCCCGGGUGUCCAGCAGCUCAGUAAUGCCGCACAAGCUAAUCGACCAAGCGGGCUCCCUGCCUCCUUCCAAACCCCGCCGAACCUCCCGAAUAUCAAUUUCAAUGCGCCUGUGAUCCGCCUUGGUUCUACGGCACCUCCAGCAAAACCGGGCACGCCAUCCGGCCCGGGACGCAAGGACUCGGAAGCCCCUACCGGCCACCACCGGCCUGGCCUUGGCAUGGAGCGUGGCCUUGAGCAGACGCGGGCUCAGCUGCGAGAGAGCAUGCAAGCCCUAGUGCCCGCAACAAACGAGGAGCGACUGCAGACCAUUUUCAUCCACAAAAUCCCCGAGAGCAUCGGCGGAGAAGAAGGGGUGGAGCGGCUCAUGAAUACAGUGGGCAGGCUGCGUCGGUGGGACGCGGGCAAGUCUCAGCUCUCGGACCACAAGGGGGAGCUUUUUGGCUUUGCACAGUACGAAGAUCCCGAAUCUCUUGGCCUAGCGGUCGAAUUGCUCAAAGAUCUCGAGGUUCCGCUGAAGAAGCAAUCACCGACCGAAGCACCACCUGACGACGAAACCGACUCGUUUGAGGGCAUUGAGAAGGUUAAACUUCAGGUAACGGUCGAUCCAAAUACGAUCAAGUACCUCGAGUCCUACAAAGAGAAUCGCGGCGACGAUACCGAGGCCGACGCGCGGCUGGAGACGUCGAGAAAUGCUCUGAAGCAGUAUAUCCGAGCCCUCUUCUACCCUCGGUCGAAGAGCGCUCAGGACGCGGAUGGAGAUGCGACUAUGGCCGAAGGGGCUCUUGGAGAGAACGUCGAGGUGAUUAACAUUCCCUUGGCGCAAGAGGACGAGCUCGCCGACAUUCCGGCAGAGAUGCGCGAAGUGGUAGCGCAGGAAAUUGCAGCCUUCCGAGAGCGGAGUAUUCGGAGGGAUAUGGAGCGUCUGAGAAGGGAGGAGGAGCUUGAGGAAAUGGAGCGGCUGCGCAGCGGUGCGCCCCGCCCAUCCCGCCUGGACUCGCCUGGUGCCGGAGGCUCAAAUCAAAUCCCACUCGGUCCUCGCGGCGUACCGAACGCGCCGUCCGGUCCACGUGGACAGGGUCGAGGCGUGGAGUUUGUCAACGGGGGUUCUACGAAUGGCUAUCCAAACACGAACCAGGAAGAGGACGACACCGAUGCUAGCGACGAGGAACUUCACCGCAGAGAUAUGUCCAGGCAGAAGGCCGAUGAGGACAAACUCUAUCUCGAGGCGGAACGGAAGUGGGUCAACAGAGAACGACAGCGCGCGGCUGCUCUUGAUAGAGAAAAGGGACGCGAGAAGUCGGAGACGGAAAGCUUUGGCCGAAGAAAGGAAGAGCAACUCGACCGGGAACGGAACUGGGAUGAUGAUCGGGAGGCGACGCUCGCGCACCACCUGUAUUACCGAGACCAUGCGGCCUGGGCCAGGAAGCGAGCUGCGGACAAGGCCGACGAAAUAUCAAGGGACGAGGUGGACAAGCGAGCGGAGGAGGACGAGCGCCGCAAGGCCGAGGCCGAGAUGGAGCAGGCAAGAGGCAUGGCCGACUCCUUCCUCGAGAGACAGGCGGAGGAGAUGGAGAGACGACCGGUUGCACCAGUUGCUCCCCAAAAGGUCACCAUCUCGUUUGGGGCUGCCGCAAAGGCCCAGGCCCAACGUGCGGCGCCACAGCGACGCACCAUUGCCGAAGUCGAGGGUCUCCUCGACGACGAGGAGCAGGAGCAGACAGUUAAGCGCCAGCUCGUGCCCAUCAAAUUCGAGCCCAUCACCGAUGCCAAGGCCAUGUCCGAGGAGGACAUCCAGAAGGCGGUGCGCGCGCUCGCCCAGGAGAUCCCGACCGAAAAGGACGGCCUCUGGGCGUGGGCCGUCAAGUGGGACUACCUGGAAGAGUCGGUCAUCCGCGAGAAGCUCCGGCCGUUUGUGGAGAAGAAGGUCGUCGAGUACCUGGGCGUGCAGGAGCAGUUCCUCGUCGACGUGGUGGAGGAGCAUCUGCGCAAGCACGAGAAGCCCGGCGAGCUCGUCGACACGCUGGCGCAGGCCCUGGACGAGGAUGCCGAGGACCUCGUCAAGAAGCUCUGGCGGAUGGUCAUCUUCUUUACCGAGAGCGAGAAGAGAGGCCUGCCCGCUUAGUACGUACGCUCAGGACCCAGACAGACGGUUAAGUAGGCAUCGGCGAAAAGGGCUGCGGACGCAUUUGGCUCCUAGCCAGCCGGCCCACGGAGAUAGGGGCACGGCAUCAUGACGGCAUUAUGUACUAUUAUUUUGUGAACUCUGGUUUGCUUGAGCGCGCCUGGCUUUGGGAAGCCAAGAGAAGAGGCGUGUUUGGCUGGCCGUCAAUGUGCAUCAAUAGGUGCAUCAAUAGGUUGCUUCACACGACGUUGGCCACAGCAUCAUGGGUAAAGACGAGGGGGUUUGAGCUGAGUUGUUCUGCAAUUGUAUUGUACCGAGUCAUAACGGUUGCUACCAUCCUUGGUCAAGCUGAUUGCCCUGUGCAGAAAACUAUCCAUAGCAUAGGUAG